AUGGGCGCCGGUGGAGGAACGCCAGCAGGGGAACGAUCGGGAGCAGUAGGAGGGCUGGGAGAAAGAGGACGGCUGGGAGAAAGAGGCCUAGGAGCAGGUGGGGGAGUGGGUUUAGGGAUGGGAAUGGGUGCAGGGGGGGGAGCGGUAUUAGGGGGGUUGCGACGAGCAGGGUUAGGGCUGGGAGCGCGUGGAGGUCCGGGAGCAGGGGGAGGAGUGGAAGCAGGGGGGGGAAUGGGAGCCGGGGGAAUGCUGGAAGCUACAUGGCUGGGGACUAGAGGAGCGCUGGGACCAAGAGGUGGGCAAUUAGCAGGGGUCGCCAUGGGCACAAGGGAAGGACUGGGCGCAAGUGGAGGACUGGGCGCAUGGGGAGGAGGGGGCCCUUGGGUGGGAAUGACAGUAGGGGGGGGAGUCGGCCAAGAGGAUGAGCAGGGGGCAGAUGAAGUGCUGGGGGCAGAUGAAGUGCUGGGGGCAGAGGAAGUGCUGGGGGCAGAGGAAGUAGUGGGGGCAGAGGAAGGAGUGGGCACAGAGGAAGGAGUGAGGGCAGAGGAAGGAGUGAGGGCAGAGGAAGGAGUGGGGGCAGAGGUUGAGCUGUGCCACGAGAACAUGGCAACGCAUAGGCAGUGCAGCGGAGUGGGUGCUGUACUGGGCGGCACUGCCCUCGCUGCCCGCGACGCUCGACCUGCCGCUCUGCACCUCACAUGCCCGCACAUGGGCGUUGCAUCUUCCCUGAUGGCCUUCCCCGCUUUGCCGUUAGGCCUUCAUUCACUGGAAGAUGUACCGGUGUUGACACUCAGCUGCACCCAGUUACAUCGGUGUUGA